AUGAUCGCUCCGGACAACGCCACGUACUCGUUUGAAGACGCCGACGCCGCGUUCGGCGGCCUUAUCCCUUCGACUGGCAUGCGCGGAGUGCUCCGCCGCGCCAUCCCCUACGACGCGUGUGAGCCGCUCACGAAUCCCGCGGGGGCGGAAUCCGCGGACGGGGAGUCCGCGGAAUCCGGGGGGGCGGCAUCCGCGGAGGGAUCCGCGGGGGAGGCGGAGUUUGUGCUUAUAGAGAGGGGUAACUGCCUGUUCGACGUGAAGGUUCUGAACGCGCAGCGCGCGGGGUACGCCGCUGCGGUGGUGUACAAUAACGAGCCCGGGAAGAGGAUUAUAACGAUGUCAGGACGGCACAUGUGGGGCAUCGCCAUUCCAGCAGUCUUUGUCACUCAAUCCUCAGGCCACGCCCUAAUCAACAUCAUCAACCGAUUCUCCCAACCAUCCGAUUCCGAUUCCUCCUCCUCCUCCGCCUCCUCUCCCUUCUCCCCCUUCCCCUCCCCUUUCUCCCCCUUCUCUCUCCCCCUCUCCUCCCCCGAAUCCUCCCCCCCCAUCUGCGUUCUCCUCCCUACAUUCGACAACGCAGCCUGGUCUGUAAUCACCGCCUCUCUAGUCUCCCUCCUCUCCCUCUCUAUAGUCCUCGCCUCGUUUCUCUUUAUAAGACGGCACCGGCUGCGGCAGGCUGUAGCAGCUGCCGCUACAGCCAUGGGAGCGGGCGGAGCUGGUCGUCUGCUAGCUGCGCGUCAGGAGCCGCCAGGUUUGUCAGAGGAGGAGGUCAAGGCGCUCCCAGAAUUGGUUUUCCCGCCAAAAGGGAAGCAUGCAAACAGUGUGUCAGGGUUUGGUGGGGGGUGUAGCAGGGUCGGCUGUAGCAGCUGUGGGGGAAAAGGAGGUCUGGGGAAAGGUGGAGGCGGCAAGGGGGAAGGCAUGAGAGCAGUAUCAACGGCUGUAGCAGCAGCAGAGGGAGGGGAAGCUACAGCCAUGGCAGCUGUAGCAGCAGCUCUAGCAGCACAGCAGCAAGAGGAGGAAAGCAGGCCAAUGCUACCCAGCGAAUGUGUGGCUGUGUCAGUUGUAGAUGGAAGUGAGGAUGGUGAUAGUAACGGUGGUGAUUGUAUCUGUGGUGAUACUAGUAGUGACGAUGCUGCUGCUGCUGCUAUGGGAGCAGAAGGAGGAGAGGGAGGAGAGGGAGGAGAGGGAGGAGAGGGAGGAGAGGGAGGAGAGGGGAAAGAGGGGGCAGUGGAAGCCGAGGGAGGAGGGGAAGAGGGAGGAGAGGGAGGGUGCAGAGAGAUGGAGACGUGUGCGAUUUGCCUGGAGGACUAUGAGUGGGGGGAUAGGCUGCGACUUCUGCCCUGCUCUCAUGAGUUCCACGUUGACUGCGUUGACCAGUGGUUGACCACCCGCCGCCCUUUCUGCCCCGUCUGCAAGCGAGACGCACACCCCCCCACCCACCUCCUUCCCUCCUCCACACCUCCUCUCACCUCCCCUUCCUCCUCCUCCACCACCACUACUGCUGCUCUCGCCUCCUCUUCCUCUGUCGCUGCUUCGACCGCUCACUUCGUCUCCUCCCUGGUCUACCCCCUCAUCCGCUCAUUCUCACCCCUCCCAUCCCUGCCCACCGCAUCCAACUCCUCUAGUCUCUUUAACACCACACUCAACCCCUCAAUUUCUGCAUCUGGAGACAGCAGGAGAACCAGACCCUCUCGCACCUCCUCCUCCUCCUCCUCUUCCUCCUCCCUCUCCUCGCCUUCAUCCGGACCCCACUCUCCCAGAAACCCCACCACCGCACUCCACCCUCCCGGAACCUCUCUCUCCUCCUUCCCUCCGUCCGCCACCCCACCCACCUCCAUCCCCACUCUCCCCUCCUCUCUCUUUCCCACUCCUCGAUUCAUCGCAGCUUCGACCGCCUCCUCCUCCUCUCUCUCUCCUCCUGACCCGUCUCGGGAACCCUUUUUGCUGCAUCACCCUUCGAGGGAUUCGGAUGAUGAAGAGACAGGGGAGAUCAGACCUGUUCCCAUACCGGGGUUCACGCCACCAUCACCCACACCCACUCAUUUGGAGGUCUCAAAUUGA